AUGCCCAAUCAGUUUGAAGUAGACGUUAUCAUUGCCGGAGGUGGCACAAGUGGUUGUAUCAUUGCUGGCCGUCUGGCGCUGGCGGAUCGCACUUUGACCAUACUUGUCGUUGAAGCUGGACCGCCCACCCGUGAAGAAUUGACGCACAUCCAGCCUGUUCGUUGCUUCUCCCACGGGUCACCGGACAGCAUUACUCUUAAAUGCUAUGUUGGAAAGGAAAGCGACGACCUCGGAGGGAGGUCUCCCAUUGUCCCCUGUGGUCGAUGCUUGGGUGGGGGAUCCAGCGUCAACUACAUGAUGUAUACUCGUCCCUCUCCGUCGGAUUACGACGACUGGGAGACCGUGUAUGGAAAUCCCGGGUGGAGUUCCAAGGAUCUCAUUCCUCUGUUGAAGAAGUCAGAAACAUACGAGAUAGAGGAUGGGAAAGACACACACGGAUAUUCCGGACCUCUUCGAGUUUCAUAUGGGGGUUUCUUCACGACAUGGGGUCAAGAGUUCCUCAGUACUGCGGCAAAAUAUGACAAGACGCGAUCAUCCACAGACGAUCCUAAUGGAAUGCGAGUUGGUGAUAUCAAUGCGUAUGGGCGAUGGCAAAAAUACAUUGGCGCCCAGAACGGAAGGCGAUCUGACAUUCCACAUCACUACAUUUUUCAGCAAGAUUGUCGUAACAUCCAGAUAGAAACGGGAUAUCUAGUGAAGCGUGUCAUAUUUGAUGGAAAAAAGGCUGUUGGCAUCGAAUAUUCGUCUAAUCCGCAAUUGCGGCCCGAUGCGAUGCAAGAAAUACGCAUUGCUCAUGCGCGACGGAUGGUGGUGAUCUCUGCAGGAGCGUUUGGAUCUCCUGCAAUACUGGAGCGGUCCGGGAUCGGCUCCAAGGAUCUUCUACAGAGUCUAGGCAUUGAGACCAUUGUAGACCUCUCUGGGGUCGGAGAAAAUUUCCAAGAUCACAACGUCAUGUUUGUUCCUUACCACGUUGAUCAGAAGGCGGAAACGUUGGAUGGCAUUACUUACGUGAAUCAUUCAGAAUGGACGACGCAAUGGAUCAAAGAUGGGUCCGGAUUGAUCGCGCACAAUGGCAUUGACGCAGGUGUGAAAUUGCGACCUGAUAAGAAUGAACUCCGGAAAAUAGGGCCUGAUUUUCAACAACAUUGGAUGGACUACUUCGCAAACGCUCCAGAUAAACCCCCCAUGUGGCUCGGUCCUGCCAGUUUCUUUGUUGGCGAUCUUUCUACUGUGCCUCCAGCAAAAUAUUCGACUGUAGUAUAUUAUCUGAAUUAUCCUAGAUCCAUAGGCCAUGUGCAUAUUACCUCAGCGAGUGAUGCGGCUGCACCUCCAGAUUUCGAUCCCAAGUAUCUCUCACACGCCGGUGACGUUGCUCUCCUGAGAUGGGCAUACAAACUCAAUAGGGAACUUGCACGUCGCAUGCCUUCAUACAGGGGAGAAUAUGUCCCAAAUCAUCCCGCAUUCCCGGACAACAGCGCCGCUACCUGUCGUUCUGAUGUAUACCCUGCGACCAUCUCUGACCCAGAUAUCGAGUAUACGGCUGAGGAUGACCAAGCGAUAGAUGUCUACUCGCGCAGAGUCGUUGCUACAGCUUGGCAUCAUCUCGGUACAUGCGCCAUGAAAGCGCGAGAAAGCGGCGGGGUUGUCGAUUCAAAUUUGAACGUCUAUGGUGUUGAAAACCUCAAAGUUGCAGACAUGUCCAUUGCGCCAGCCAAUGUGUCAUCCAACACAUACUCGACUGCUAUUGCCAUUGGUGAGAAAGCGGCAAUCAUCCUCCUCCGUGAUCUUGGUAUUGGAACCUGCUGA